AUGGGAGGUGCGUCUACUACCGCGGCGCAACAACAGCUGCACGAACAGCACGAUCCCCAUCAUCAGCAACAGCUACAGCUACAGCAGCAGCAGCAGCAAACCCCUCAGCAGACACUCGGCAUGGCGCUUGGACAAAGUAACACCCAGGCAUUAGCGUUAUCUCCAUCAUCCAGCUCGUACUACAGCAGCUGCUGUUCGGAUAUGGCGGCGGCUGCCCUGUCCUCACUGAUGGCCAGUACCAGCCAGUUCACACAGUUCCAAAACACGCUCAACUUUGUUAGCGGUGGUGCGAUUGUGGCGGGAAAUGCGGCCAGUAGCAGCAGUAGCCAUAUUAGUACGGGCAGUGCUGCCAGCGUUAGUAGCUCCCGCAGUGGAGCUAGUACUGGUGGUGUUGAAACGCACACGUCCGGUACGAACAGUGCGGGUCACAGUGCUGGAGCGGCCGGUAGCGGUAGUGAUAGUACGGCUAGCUGUACUACAACGAUGGAUGGCAAUGAGGACACUGCCAGUGGUGCUGGUGCCGGUCAUGUAAAUAGCUUCGACAGUACACUGGCAGCACUGGCCGGUGCAUCGACAUCACAGACUGCUGACCACGUGGCCGUGGACGAAACGACACAGCGCAAGAUACGAUCCCACCCACCAGAUCUGCCGGCCAUCCUGAUGGGAGCCAGUCACGUCGCUAACCUUCAUCUGAUCGAUGAGAUCGAUCGUAGGGGUGCCGACUCAGACAGUAGCAAUGGGCAGCAACUUCGUCACCAUGAGGACACGAACGUUUCCGUCGUCGAUGAUGAGACGGCAUGA